AUGACGGCAACAACCAGUGCGCCUCUCUAUUACAUUCGAUUUUUGAAACCACCGCCAACAGAAUGUCUAGUAGGACAACACUUUACUAUUGUAUGGACCAUAGAAAGUGAUUUAGGAGACCAAACAUGCUGGGAGACUGUACCUGUCAGCAUCAGUCUUGAAGGAUGUUCACAGCUUGGAUUACGUGAAUUGAAUGCAGAUCCUAAAGGCAACUCGAAAAAGAAGGCGGCAGCACUUGCAAAGCCAUACAUGUUGGAGAAGGUAGCAUUAGCACGCGAGAUACCACUUGUCUUUGAUCCAUUACGAGGUGGCGGUAUUGUCACCAAAGUAGUGAUUGAACAGAUGCCAGGACAGCCAUUACCUAUCGGCACCAUUGUCAAUAUUCAGCUUGGUAUCAGGCUGGCAGCAGCAGCACGAAGUGGGCCUAGCCAUGGCAUAUGGCAACAUGCUUACGAAUUCCAGCAAAUGUGGCUGAUACCUACUUGGUCGACCCCAAUUGCAACCACUGUGGCGAAACAGCGACAUGGCGAUGUCAAAGAAAGUGGAGAUCAGGCAGAGAGAGUGCUGAUGGCUCAUCAAACAAAAGUGUGCAUAAGAGAGGAUGCGGUACAGAGCAUAGCGCGACAUGUGUGGGAUUGUGGACUGGGGAUGUGUCAGUUCUUGUCAGAAAGUAAGCUGGAUCGUAAAUACAACACCAUGCUCGAAUUAGGCAGUGGAACAGGCUUAGUAGGCAUUUAUGCAGCAGAGCUACUGAGUCCAAAACGAGUCUACUUGACAGAUCUGCCAGAUGCACUAGAAAUCAUGCAACAAAAUGUGGAUUUAAUGAGUCAUACAAAAGUCGAGGUGCUGGUGAAGGAGCUGUCGUGGGGACCUGAAAAGCAGAAUCAGUACAGUGAUGUCGAUCUUGUAUUACUGACAGAUGUGCUCUACAAUCAAGGAUCGCACGACCUGCUACUGGCCACUUUGGACUGGCUGUUGGACAAUGACAAUUGCAGAGCAUUGCUUACAUACAAGGAGCGUAAUCCUGAUGAGAGAGAGUUUUUCGAAAAGGUUUCUCAGAGGGAAUGGAAGUGCCAAAGAGUCGAGAACUAUCCACAUUUGGUGUGUGAAGUAUACUGGAUUACUAAAAACUAG